UUUGGUGCACUUAAAUUUUCUCUACAAUUAAUUUCUUAUUCUCUAGUUUAAUUUAAAAGUCAAAAGAAACAAUCAUAACAUAUAACAUUACAUAUAUAUUUUCUUAUCACCAACCAAAACAAUAAUCUCUAAUAGUAAUCAAAAGUAGAUCAAGCAAACUAAUGGAGGAUUCUGGUGGUAAUUCAAGUGAUAAUGAGAUGAAAUCGUCCAGUAGCUGCCCAAGAGGCCACUGGAGACCAGCUGAAGAUGAAAAGCUUCGGAAACUUGUCGAGCAAUACGGUCCACAGAAUUGGAACUCCAUAGCUGAAAAGCUCCAAGGAAGAUCAGGUAAGAGUUGUAGGUUGAGAUGGUUCAAUCAAUUAGACCCAAGAAUCAACAGAAAGCCUUUCACAGAAGAGGAAGAAGAAAGACUUUUGACCGCCCACCGGAUCCAUGGGAAUAAAUGGGCGCUCAUAUCACGGCUAUUCCCUGGGAGGACUGAUAAUGCCGUCAAGAACCAUUGGCAUGUCAUCAUGGCUAGGAUGCAAAGGGAACGCUCGAAGCAACAAUCGAGCAAGAGAGGCCUAAUUACCUCUAGUAUUUCGUCUACCACCUCAUCAACUCAUGAUUUUCUCUCUAAAGCUCAAAAAUCUCAAAACAAUAAUUAUGGUAGCCUAAAGAGUGCUAAUCAAAGAAUGUUCAAAUUUGAACAACAUUCAAACAAGGAGAGGAAGCUUAUUACAAGUACUAACGGUAAUACUAGUACAAUGGCAUGUUGGAGUUUCGCACCACCAAUUAUAAGUAUGGAGAAAUAUAGGGCAUCUUCAUCAACUUCAACACAACAACCACAAUGUUUACUAGGAAAUUGGCUUGGAAAUAGUACAAGUAGUUCAAUAUUUGAGCACUCAAAUGGUUUUACUACUUCAAAAUUUUGUGGCCCUUCUAGUAUAUUGUUGGAUGGGAGUCCAUGUGGAGGGUUUAGCUCAUAUGGGGUUAAUUAUUAUUCGGACCAAAACAAGGUUGUUCCUUCUUCUAGUUAUGUUCCAUUACACGGCCAGAGCCAGACAACGACGACGACAACAGCAACCACAAUGAGAAGAUCAUCAUUACUUGAAAGAUUGGAGAAAAAGGAGGAAGAAGAAGGAGAACGAGUGGAUGGAGGCCGUGCAAUGGUGACUACUACAAAGGAGAUUAACUUCAUUGAUUUUCUUGGGGUGGGCAUUUCUUCUUGAUCAACCCAUUCUCAUAUUUAUUUAGUUUAACUUGAAUUAUAUCCUUUUAAUCUAUAAGUUAAUUAAAACCGGCUUAUGUGUAAUAGCUGCCUUUCUGAUGAUAUCCUCUCUUCUCUUUUGUUUUCCUUUUGCGUAUGUGCAAAUGCAUGUAGAUAGAGAGGGGUUAGUUAAUUACUUAAUUAUAAUUAUGAGCUAGCUAUGGUUAAAUUAGAUUAUAGAAAUGGUUUACUUGUUUGUUACACUAGUCAAUCAAACCAUUACAGCAUUUACUGGUAUGAUAAUAUAAUGAUGAGUUGGUUGAUGAUUUCUUGAUGUA